ACUCCCCCGGACCUCGCCAGUCUUCCUGGCCGAAGCGCCGACGCUGCGCUCGGGGGAAAUAUUCUGCAACCUACCCAAGGGGACACUUUGUUUUUUGUUUUGUUUUUCUCCGCUCCUUUUUGGGGACGAGCGUGCGCGCUGGUGCAGCGGUGGAAACAAGCCCCGUGAGACCCUUUUAACUGGCAUAGCAGCACCAUAGAGCUGCAGAACAACUACCGGGACUGCGUUUGGAUUACAAAUCGGUUGAGCCGCGACCAUGGCGGCUCGCUGGAUGGUGCUGGGCGCCCUGGCCGCAGCCCUGGCCGCCCCUUGGGUGACACACGGAGCGUGCGUCUUCGAGGGAGUCGUCCACGCGGAUAAGUCGCGGUGGCGCCUGCAGGGGUGCCGGGAGUGCACAUGCCAUGACGAGGUGGUCAUCUGUGCGCCCGUCCGAUGCGCCAACCCGCAGUGCGACUUUCAAAAGGGCGAGCGCUUGAGGAUUGCCGCCGAGGGAUGCUGCCCAGAGUGCGUCUCCGCCGUGGAGGGAGGGUGCAGCUACCAGGGCCUCACAUACGCACACGACACAGAGUGGAGCCCCUCGCCGUGCACGUUGUGCGAGUGCUCCGCAGGCGAGGCGUCUUGCCGCCCCCGCCGCUGCCCCGCCCUCAUUUGUCCCGACGACCGCCGACCUUUCACCCCGGCAGGAGAAUGCUGUCCCGAGUGCGCUGGCGACGGAGAGUCUUGCUCCUGGGAGGGUUCCCAGUACAGAGACGGUGAGGAGUGGCGUCCCAGCCGGUGUUCCAGAUGCGUCUGCCACAGCGGGGAUGUCCGAUGCUCGGUGGCCGAGUGUCCGCCGGUGGCCUGCGAAGCUAAUGAAAACUUGGUGAUUCCGCCUGGUCAGUGCUGUCCUCAGUGCCUCUCCAAUCCAUGCUUGUCUGCUGGGAAGCAGUACCAGCAUGGCGAGCAGUGGCAAAAGGACGCCUGCACUACGUGUGUUUGCGAGCGGGGUCAGUCCAAAUGUCACGUACACACUUGCCAGACGGUCAACUGCGAUAAGGGUCAGACCAAGGUGAGGCGUGCAGGCCAGUGCUGCGAAGAGUGCGCCGCCGCCCGCGAGAGCUGCCUGUACCGGGGUCUAGUGCGUUACCACGGCGACAUGUGGAACGACGACGACGGCGGCUGCGAAUUUUGCACGUGCACCCGCGCUCAAGUCGUCUGCCACAAGGCCGAGUGCGCCCGCCUCCGAUGCCCGCAGGGAUCGGAGCCGGUUCGCCCUCCGGGAACGUGUUGCCCGCAGUGCUCCUCGGACAAAACGUCCUGUUCGCACCGAGGACAGUCGUACAAGGACUCGGAUCGCUGGACCGAUGGCAGCUGCCGCGAGUGCGAGUGCCGCGACGGCCAGGUGACGUGUUACCUGCCAUCCUGCCCGACGUGCCCACCAGGCACCUUGGUUGUGGCUCUGGAGGGACAGUGCUGCCCCCGCUGUCACCAAGUUCCGUGCGACGCAGACUGUGAGUCAUGUUCCCGGACGCCGGAUCACUGUGACAGCUGUACGGACCCGAAGGCCCUCCUCCAUCUCGGCCGCUGUUUGUCCGUCUGUCCUGAGGGUUUCUUCCCCGACGGCCUCGAGUGUGCAGCUUGCCCUUGGUCCUGCGCCACGUGCAGCAGCAGGUGGUCCUGCCGCUCGUGCCGGCCGCAGCGCCCCCUGCUGAGCGCCGACGGCGACGGCUGCCUGGCAACCUGUCCCGCCGGCACCUACCUGGACAACGGCCCAAAACAAUGCCGAUCUUGUUCCGAGUCAUGCUCCGAGUGCGUGGGUGCCAGCCCGCGGGAGUGCUCAGCGUGUUCCGACCCGGCCGCCUUGCUCAAAGAUGGCGAGUGCGUUCCCGACUGCGGCGAGGCUUUCUACAUUCAAGAUGGCGUUUGUCAUGCCUGCCACCCGUCGUGCGCCUCCUGCUUCCCCGACAAGGCCGACUGCACCAGCUGUCCGCCGGGCGGCGCGUUGCACGGCGGCAAAUGCGUGUCGGCGUGCCCCGCUCAACACUACGUCGACCUCGCCGGCAGGUGCAGAGGCUGCCACGGCUCGUGCACGUCGUGCUGGGGUCCGUCGGCGUCUCAGUGCACAGCGUGCUCGCGGGAGCUCCUCCUCCUCCAGGGCCAGUGUGUGGAGGCGUGCGGCGAGGGCCUGUACCCUCACGACCACGCGUGCCACAACUGUCACCCGUCGUGCCGCGGCUGCGUGGGCCCUUUGGCUUCGGACUGCUUGCGCUGCCUCAAAGCCACCGAGGUGCUGGCCCUGCAGUCACGUGAGCUUCAACCGGCACGCGGGGUCUGUGCGGGGGCCUGUCCGGCCAACACCUACGCGGACCACCAGCGCACUUGCACAGAAUGUCACGCGUCCUGCCGGCACUGCUCAGGACCGUCAGCGGACAACUGCACGUCGUGUCCUAUGCCGGCCAGUCUGCACGAGGGACAAUGCGUGCACGCCUGCCCGCACGGCUUCUUCCUACAGGACGGCCAGUGUCAAGGCUGCCAUCCAUCUUGCCAAACGUGUUCGGGCGCCUCCCAGGCCGACUGCACCUCCUGCCCCCCGCUGGCCGACCUGCAAGCCGGACACUGCCGGACCAGCUGCCCAGAGGGACGCUUCGUCCACGCCUCCACGGCCCGCUGCCUCGAGUGCAGCCCCGAUUGCCAGCGGUGCACGGCCGACCUUCAGACGGGCGUCGGCAGUGUUUGCCUGUGGUGCAAAGGAGCCGGCAACGGCGCCUUGUUGCUAGGCGACCACUGCGUCCCCAGCUGUCCGCGGGACCACUACAGCUGGCACAGAGCCUGCCUGCGAUGUCACCAGUCAUGUGAGGCGUGCAGUGGGGCCGGGCCUCUUGCCUGCUCUUCCUGUCACGCCCCCAGCGUUUUGCUGCCCUCCGGGGAGUGCGCCCUCCGGUGCCCGAUGGGUUACUACACAAACGACCGCAGGGUCUGCGAAGCGUGCCAGCAGCAGUGCCUGACCUGCGAGGGGGCGGACGCCUGCACUUCCUGCCGCGACCCGGCCAAGGUGCUGCUGUUCGGCGAGUGCCGCUACGAAACCUGCGCCCAGCAGUACUACCUCAAUAGCACCACGCGCACCUGCACAGAGUGCGACUGGAGCUGCAACGCGUGCCGCGGGCCGCUGCGCACCGACUGCCUGCAGUGCAUGGACGGCGACGUGCUAUGGGACGGCGUCUGCGCCCACGGCUGCCCGCCGGGAUUCUACCGGGAUGGGGACGGAUGCCUCGGCUGCGACGACAACUGCGAGGAGUGCAGCGGUCCCGGGCGGUGCCUGCGAUGCCGGCCGCCUCACGUCACGCUGCGAGGUCAAUGUGUGCUCCGGUGCGGCAGGAACUACUUCCUGGACGCCGCCACGCACUCCUGCCAGCCGUGCUCCACCGACUGCGUGCUGUGCGACGGAGUGGGACGUUGCCGAGCUUGCGGACAGCAGAGUUAUCUCAUGGAGCGAUACUGCACCCCUGACUGUGGACAUGGUUACUUCGCCCAUCGGAAUAGAACCUGCCACGCCAACAGCAGGCCGCCUACGCUCCACAUCAACGGUUCCCUGCAGGUUCCUCUCGGCGGUUCCGUCGCGCUGUCCCCGACUCUCGUGCAAGUAGAGGAUGCCGACAGCCCGCCGGAGGCUCUGGUGGUCCGGUUGGUCCGCCCACCCGCCAACGGCCGGCUGCUCCUCCUCCGGGCGGGGCCGGAGGACCGUCAGGAGCCGGGCCAACGAGAGCUGAGCGAACGAGACGCCUUCACGUGGCCCCAGCUGGAAACCGGUCGGGUUCACUUCCAACACCAGAAGGACAAAGCCAGGAUUGGCGAAUUCACUCUGCAAGUAGCCGACCCUCAGCUGACGUCUCAAGCAGAAACGAUUCAAGUUCAAGCGCUUUCAAUGCAGCCUCCGAGGGUGCUGGUGUUAGCGCCCCUGCGGGUCAGAGGUCCCGGCGAGGCGUCGACCAUCACCAAGUCCACUCUUCUGGUGGAAGAUCCUGACAACCCGGCGGACGUCCUGCUGCUGCUUCUGGAGGCUCCUCGCCACGGCCGGCUCACGCGCGUGCACGGUGAGCGAUCGCUGAGCCGCUUCAAGCUGGAGGAGCUCGCCGGUGAGCGCGUGCAGUACGUGCACGACGGAUCGCCGGAGACGCGGGACCACCUGGUGCUGCAGGUCAACGACGGACACAGCUACCAGAAUGUCCUGCUUCAAGUGCACAUUGGUCACAAGGCCGACAACUCCUUUGAGCUGCACUUCGUUCCGGGAACGUGGGUGAAAGGGGGCGGCAUGGUGAGACUCGGCAGAAAGCAACUGCAGACGCGCUACAAGGACGUCGAUGCCGACCGCAUCCUUUACACCAUCCUGGACUCCGACCAGCGGCCCCAAUACGGUGAAGUGGUGCUGGUGUCCAUGUCUGCCGACGCUCCGCCAGGAGGCGGGACCCUGACGGCGAGGGGCGAGCCAGGCUUCACCGCCACCUCCUCCUUCACGCAGCAGGACGUGGACGACGGCACCGUGUGGUACCGACACUUUGGCACCGGGACCCCGGCUGACUCCUUCCGCUUCCAGGUGUCUACAGAGGCAGCCGCUGUCAGGCAAAGCGAACCGCAGACCUUCACCAUCGGAGUUUUCCCGCAAAUGCCCGGAUUUCCUCAGCUCCACCCGGAUUGUCAGCUCCAAGUCACGGCUCUGGAGGAUCGCACGACAGCGAUAACGCCCACAGCUCUUUCCUUCGUGGACUCCGAGACCCCCAGUGAUGGUCUCAUCUACAACAUCACCAAACCGCUGCCGGCCGGACAAGGUGCCAUCGAGCACGGCGACAGGCCAUACGCGGCGGUCAGCCAUUUCACGCAGGCCGACGUGGACAAGGGCAAGAUCGUCUACAGGCCCCCUCGGGCCCCUUCGCACCUGCAAGAGCUCUACCAGUACUCCUUCACGGGUCUUCCCGAGUCAUUGAGCGUCUUCUUCACAGUGUCCGAUGGCGAGCACACGACUCCAGAGUUAGACUUUGCCAUCCUGCUGCCGUCCAACCAUCAGCAGCCACCAAUGUUCCAGGUUUUGGAUCCCGUCCUGGAAGUCGGCAUGGGCGGGCAGGCGGCCGUGGGCGGCCAGCAGCUGGCGGUGACCGACGCCGACACGUCCCCCGAGGAGCUGGAGUUGGAGCUGGUGGAGGCUCCGGUCCACGGGGAGUUGCUGCGAAGCCACGUCAGGAUGGCUAACGGCGACACCUUCACCUUUGCCGACGUGACCCGCGACGCGCUGCUGUACCGCCACGCCGGCCUCUCCCGCGACGACGACGCCUUCACCGUCUCGGUCAGCGACGGCAUCUCCAUGGCGACCGUCGCCGUGCGAGUGGCGGUGCUCGGGGGCGGGGCCAGUGGACGCGGGCCCCGGCCGGACCCCGGCGCCGCGCUUUCCCUGGAGGUGGCCGAGAUGAGUAGCACCGUCAUCAGACGUUGGAAUCUGGCUUACACGGACGACGCCUCGCGGGACGAGCAGAUCCGCAUCCAACUGGUGUCGGUGCCGAUGUACGGCAUCCUGAGCAGGACUCGGGACCAGCGAGAGCCACAGGAACUGAAGGAAUACUCCACUUUCACUAUGGACGACAUCAACCGCGGAACCAUCAGAUACGUCACUUCGUUGGAGACGGGCCACCAGCCCGUCACGGACGUCUUCCACUUUGUCGUCUACGACGGUGACAACAAUCGUCUUGACAACCAGAUGUGCACCAUCACCAUCACUUCUGGUGCCGGGCGGCCGCCUGCCGUCACCGUGCGCGGCGGAAUCCAGGUCCAGGAGGGCGGUCGUGCGCAGCUGUCAACCAAUCACAUCAUCGUCUCCGACCUGGACACGCCGGGGAAGAACCUUCUGGUUUGGCUACUCAGCCCCCCCAAGUACGGCUUCAUCGAAAACACCAAACCGGGCGGAUCGCGAGCCGUCACACCCGACACGCCGUUCUCGGUGGAGGACUUGACGCUGGACCGGAUCUUCUACGUGCAGCGCGCGGGCCAGCCGGCGCGACACGACACCUUCAGCUUCUACGUCAGCGACGGCAACAGCCAGACGGAGGCCUUUGACGUCCACAUCGACAUCCAGGGCAAGCGGCAGAGUGAGCUUCUGGUAUCGGUCAGCAGCAUCCACGUGGAGGAGAAUUCCGGAGUGGUGGUCACCAACGCGUCCCUCAGCGUCCUGGACCGAGACACGCCCGAGAACGAGAUUCUGUUCACCGUCGUGAGGAAGCCGUCCUACGGUAAAUUCCGCCGGCGUCAGUUCCACUCGCAGCCGCUGGAGAACGGCCGCGUGCUGACGGAGGGAUCCACCUUCACCUACCAGGACGUCCUGGACCGCCUGCUGGUCUACACGCCCGAGACAGUCAGCGGGGGCGCCGACGAGUUGGCCUUCAGCGUCACGGCCGGCUUGGGCGGUCACGCCAGCGGACGCCUGCGCUUCACCAUGGACGUCACCCGCAGCGAGGGCCCCCUCAUGACCGUCAACAGAGGCCUACAGCUGCCCGCCGGUUCAUGGGCCAAGAUCACCGAGCAGAACCUGAAGGCCACCGACGUGGACUCGGACAGCCUGAAGCUGCGCUACGUCCUGACCAAAGAUCCUCCCAGUGGCCGAGUCCAGCUGAGCGGCGGCGGCGGCCUCCAGGAAGUUUCCGCCAGGGGUCCCGUGCGCAGUUUCACGCAGGAAGACGUCAACAGAGGUCUGGUGCGCUACAGCCACGAGAAAGGCGAGAAGGGCGGCGGCCUGUCGUUCAAGUUCAACCUGGUGGACCCCGAAGGCAACAAACUCAUCGAGCAGUCCUUCUUUGUCAGCGUGCUCGAAGACCGCCUGCCUCCGUCGGUGGUGGUCAACAAAGGCCUGGUCCUGGACGAGAACACCGCCAAGAAGCUGACCACGCUGCAGCUGUCGGCCAGCGACCAAGACAGCCAACCCGGCGAGCUGCUCUACCGCGUCACCAAGCAGAGCGGCCUGGGACACUUGGAGCACGUAGCCAACCCGGGCGUGCGGAUCGACAGCUUCACGCAAGCCGACCUGGCGUCUCGCAACGUCCAGUACGUUCACACCAGCCAAGAGGAAAAGCACGCCGACCAAUUCUCCUUCAGCGUGUCUGACGGCACCAACGAGGUGGCGCAGACGUUCUACAUCACCAUCCGACCCGUGGACGACUCGCUACCCCUGCUCCACGUUGCCGGAAUGCGCGUUCAGGAGGGCGUGAGGAAAACCAUCACCGAGUUUGAGCUGGCGGCCACCGAUGCCGACACGGAGGCCGAGUCCAUCGUGUUCACGGUGGUGCAGCCGCCGCGCCACGGCGCCGUGGAGCGUACGGGCAACGGGCAGCACUUCCGGCCCACCGCCACCUUCACCAUGGACGACGUCUACCAGAACCGCGUCAGCUACAACCACGACGGCUCCAACUCGCUGCAGGACAGCUUCACCUUCACGCUGGCCGACGGCACCAACCCGCACUUUGUGCUGCGCGACCACGCCGGCAAGGAGACUUUGACGGCAGCGCCGCAGAAGUUCAAGAUUGAAAUUCUUCCCGUGGAUGACGGCACGCCGCGCAUCGUCACCAACCUGGGACUGCAGUGGCUGGAGUACGUGGACAAUAAGGCGACCAAUGUGAUCAGCAAGAAGGAGCUGCUGACGGUGGAUCCGGACACGGAGGACGAGCAGCUGGUGUACGAGGUCACCGUCGAGCCCAAGCACGGCCUGUUGGAGAGCAUAGCGGCGCCUGGCGCCCGCGUCAGCUCCUUCACGCAAGCCGACAUCAACUUGGGCCUGAUCCGCUACGUGCUGCGCGAGGAGAGCGCGCAGGAAACCAUGGACAACUUCCACUUCCUGGUGAGGGACAGCAAGCCCAACGUGGUCAGCGGCAACCUUUUCCAUAUCCAGUGGUCGCUUAUCAGCUUCCAGCACAAAAGUUACAACGUAUCGGAGACGGCGGGCGCGGUAGCCGUGACGGUGAAGAGGACGGGCAAUCUCAACCAGUACGCCAUCGUGCUGUGUCGCAGCGAGCGGGGCAGCGCCACCUCUGACGGCGGAGCGGGGCAGCGCCCCGGCCAACACGAUUACGUGGAGUUCGCCGGCCAGGUGCAGUUUGACGAGCGCGAAGACACAAAGGUCUGCACGGUGACGCUGACCGACGACACCGUGUUUGAGGGCGUGGAGAGCUUCCAUGUGGAGCUCAGCAUGCCCGUCUACGCCUUGCUGGGCGCCAACACCCGCGCCCUCGUCAACAUCAACGACACCGAGGACGAGCCCACGCUGGAGUUCCAACGCAAGACCUUUCACGUCAACGAGAGCGCCGGUGUCGCGCGCGUGCCCGUCGAGAGAAAAGGCGACACAUCCAGCACGGUGUCGGCGUUGUGCCGCACGGUGUCCAAGUCGGCCCGGGGCAGCAGCCCUCACGCCCUGGAGUCGGGUUCCGACUACAAGAGUCGUGGCGCGGGGCCCGAGAGCCGCGUCGUGCUGGGGCCCGGCGUGACGGCGUCCACGUGCGAUGUCACGCUGGUGGACGACAGCGAGUACGAGCUGUCCGAGGAGCUGCAGCUGGUGCUGUCCCAGCCCUCGGACAACGCCCGCAUAGGACGCGUGGCCGCGGCCCAGGUGGUCAUCGACGGGCCCAAUGACGCCUCUGCCGUCACCCUCGGCAACGACACCUUCACUUUCGCCGAAGAUGCUGGCACCAUUGAAAUCCCGGUGCUGCGCCAGGGGAGUGACUUGUCCUCUGCGACGUCCGUGUGGUGCGCCACGCGGCCCUCCGACCCCCCGUCGGCCAGCCCGGGCGUGGACUACAUCCCCAGCUCCAAGAAGGUGGAGUUCAAGCCAGGGAGAACCCAGGAGACGUGCAGUCUGACCAUCCUGGACGACGUCCAGAAUCCGUCCAUCGAGGGCUCCGAGUCGUUUGUGAUCUUCCUGAGUUCUCCGCAAGGGGCCGUCCUCCAGGAGCCCUACGAGGCCAGCGUGGUCAUCGCCGACACUUUCCAGGACAUUCCCAGCAUGCAGUUCGAGAAGAGCGCCUACACGGUGAAGGAGCGCGACGGCGACCUGCACCUGCCCGUGACACGCACGGGCGACCUGUCCUUCACGUCGUCGGCGCGCUGCUUCACGCGCACCAUGUCGGCUGCCGUCAUGGACGACUUUGGCGAGCGCCCCAACGUGGACGAGUCGCGCGUCACUUUCCUGCGGGGCGAGAAGGUGAAGAACUGCACAGUCCACGUGAACGACGACUCGGUGUUCGAACCGGAAGAAGAAUUCCAGGUCCACCUGGGGUCGCCGACGGGCGACCACUGGAGCGGCGCCAUGAUCGGCGAGCGGGACGUCGUCACCAUCACCAUCACCAAUGACGAAGACGCUCCGACCAUCGAGUUGGAGCAGUCCUCCUAUCAGGUCCGAGAGCCUCCCGGUCCGGACGGCGUGGAGGUGCUCAAUGUCAAAGUGGUCCGGCGCGGGGACCUGGACCGGACUUCCAAGAUCCGCUGCAGCACGAGAGACGGCUCGGCCCAGUCCGGCGUGGACUACAACCCCAAGAGCCGGGUCCUCAAAUUCACCCCUGGGAUGGACCACGUCCUCUUCAAGGUGGAGAUUGUGUCCAAUGAGGACAGGGAGUGGCACGAGUCCUUCUCCUUGGUCCUCGGCCCCGACGACCCCGUGGAGGCGGUGCUGGGCGAGAUCACCACGGCGACCGUCACCAUUCUGGACCAGGAAGCUGCCGGGAGUCUCAUCCUUCCGGCCCCGCCCAUCGUGGUCUCCCUGGCAGACUACGACCACGUCCACGAGGUGACCAAGGAGAGCGGCAAGAAGACGCCGUCGCCGGGCUACCCGCUGGUGUGCGUCACUCCCUGCGACCCGCACUACCCCAAGUACCCGCAGAUGAAGGAACGUUGCGAGGAAGCGGCCAUCAACCAAAGCCAGGUGCACUUCUCCUGGGAGGUGGCGGCGCCCACCGACACCAACGGCGCACGCUCGCCCUUUGAGACGGUGACUGACACCACCCCGUACACCGGCGUCAAUCACAUGGUCUUGGACAGCAUCUACUUCAGCCGCCGCUUCCACGUGCGUUGCGUGGCGCAAGCCCGCGACAAGGCGGGCCACCUGGGCACGCCGCUGCGGAGCAACAUCGCCACGGUGGGAACCGACGGCGCCAUUUGCCACACGCCCGUCACCACCGGGACCGCGCGAGGCUUCCAGGCUCAGUCCUUCAUCGCCACGCUCAAAUACCUGGACGUCAAACACAAAGAACACCCCAACCGGAUCCACAUCUCAGUGCAGAUCCCACACCAGGAUGGCAUGCUCCCCCUGGUGUCCACCAUGCCCCUUCACAAUCUUCAUUUCCUGCUGUCAGAGUCCAUCUACCGGCAGCAGCACGUCUGCUCCAACCUGGUCACGCUCAAAGACCUGGAGGGUCUCUCUGAGACGGGUUUCCUGGACGACGUGUCCUACGACAGCAUCUCCCUGGGUCCGGGCUACGACCGGCCGUACCAGUUCAACCCCAACGUGCGUGAGCCCAGCAGCAUCCGGCUGUACAAGCAUCUCAAUCUCAAGAGCUGCAUCUGGACUUUUGACGCCUACUACGACAUGACGGAGCUCAUCGACGUCUGCGGCGGCUCCGUCACCGCUGACUUUCAGGUGCGAGACUCGGCACAGUCCUUCCUCACGGUUCAGGUUCCGCUCUACGUGUCCUACAUCUACGUGACGGCUCCGCGAGGCUGGGCUUCUUUGGAGCAUCACACGGAGAUGGAGUUCUCCUUCUUCUACGACACCGUGCUCUGGAGGACAGGCAUCCAGACUGACAGCGUCCUCUCCGCCAGACUCCAGAUCAUAAGGAUCUACAUCCGCGAGGAUGGCCGGCUCGUCAUCGAGUUUAAAACGCAUGCUAAAUUUCGAGGCCAGUUUGUCGCAGAACACCACACCCUGCCCGGACACAAGUCUCACCUGCUGGCGCCGGAGCACUUGGGAGGCAUGGAGUUUGACAUCCAGUUGCUGUGGAGCGCCCAAACCUUUGACUCGCCCUACCAGCUGUGGAGGGCCACCAGCUCCUACAGCAGGAAGGAUUACUCCGGAGAGUACACGGUCCUCCUGAUCCCGUGCACCGUGCAGCCAACCCAACCGUGGAUUGACCCCGGGGAGAAAGACCUGUCUUGCACCGCCCACGCUCCAGAAAAGUUCCUGGUGCCUAUCGCCUUCCAACAGACCAAUCGCCCGGUCCCCGUGGUCUACUCGCUGAACACGGAGUUCCAGCUGUGUAAUAACGAGAAAGUCUUCACGAUGGACCCGGCCAGUAACGACGUCUCAAUGGCAGAGAUGGACUACAAGGGGGCCUUCUCCAUGGGUCAGACUCUGUACGGCCGCGUGCUCUGGAACCCGGAGCAGAAUCUGAACGCCGCCUACAAGCUGCAGCUGGAGAAGGUCUACCUGUGCACCGGCAGGGAUGGCUACGUUCCCUUUUUCGACCCAACGGGCACCCUGUACAACGAGGGUCCACAGUACGGCUGCGUCCAGCCCAACAAGCAUCUCAAGCAUCGCUUCCUUCUCCUGGAUCGCAAGCAGCCGGACGUGUGCGACAAAUACUUCCACGAUGUCCCCUUUGAGGCCAACUUUGCUUCGGACCUCCCAAAGUGGAACUCUUUGGCCGCCAUGCCGGGCGUGGACGGAUUCACCAUGAAGGUCGAUGCGCUCUACAAGGUGGAGGCGGGCCACCAGUGGUACCUGCAAGUGAUCUACAUCAUCGGUCCCGAGUCACGGUCCGGCCUGAGGACGGAGCGCUCGCUCACCUUCCGGCCGAGCCGGCCCAAGCGCGACCUGGUGGACGGCGGCGGGCGUCUGACCCUUGACGAGUCGCUCGUGUACGACAACGAGGGCGACCAGGUGAAGAACGGCACCAACAUGAAGUCCCUGCGUCUGGAAAGCGGGCCCAGCGCCAGCUUUCACGCCCGCGUGGCCCGCUCGGUGGGCGGCGGGGUGGCCGCCCUGGCCCUCCUGCUCCUGGCCACGUUGGCCGCCUGCCUCCUUUUCCGCCGCCAACGGGCCAAAGCUCCGAGCAAGAACGCGUACGAAGAGUACCCGCUCAACACCAAGGUGGAGGUAUGCAUGGACAAGUGCGUGGAGAAGAACUUCAGCAGCAAGCACUGCACCGUCACCAACGUCAACGUGUUCAGCCGCGGCUACGAGACAACGGGCGGCAACAAGGCCAAAGUCAAGCAAGUCAACCUGGAAGGCAAACUCCACAACAACCUCAACGACGGCACCGAGGUGUGAAAGCACAAGGUUGUUUCUUAAGCUAUUUUCUUACGUCUUUGCUAAUGUAUUUUUGUACCACCUUGAAAAGGGAAAACGUGCGAUGUGCCCAGAGCAUAGCAGCUUUUUUUUUUUUUUUUUU